ACCAUCACCUCGAUACACCCCCGUCGGUGAAUCAUCAGAUGACGACGACGAUACUCGAGGUAAUUUUGACAGAGUUCCAUCCUCAGCCGAUGAGGCUAUAUUUACUCCAAUGCAAGCAAACGAGACGGAGGACGAAGUAGAAAGAGAGGAAAGAGUGACGCAGGAGGAGGAAGGGGAGGAAACCGAAGAAGAAGCAUUAAGAGAAGAUGAGGAGGAGGGGGAUACAGACGAAGAUGAGGAAGAGGAGGCAGAAGAUCAAGAAGAAGAGGAAAAUGAAAUAGAAGAAGAAGAAGAAAAAGAAGAAGAAGAAGAAGAGCAGGAAGCGAUGGAAGAUGAGGAAGAAGAAGAUGAAGAGGAAUCGGAUGAAGGUGAGAAUCGGUGAAGUGGAGAAUAAUGAAGAGGGGGCGGAAGUAGAAAAUGACGCCGAGAGAGAAGUCAGAGUUGCUUCGCCAGAGUAUGAUGAUGAUAUACAUUAUGCCAAUACCUUACCAUGGAGGGCAUAAUUAAUAUCACUAGGCGGGGAAAUAUCGCGGGGUAACUUGGUGAGUUAGUUAGUAUAUUAUAUCUUUUGUCGGCGUUUUCGCGUAUUAGUAAAAAAGAAAAGAAAAAAUAAAACAGAAUAUAAGACAGCAAUGAUUAAUAAAAAUAUUUCAU